CGGAGCUGGCAGGCAGGCAGCUGGAGGAGCAGAGCGGCAACUGAGGGGCGUCCUGACAGGAGCAGCUGGAGGAGAAAAACCUGUUCACCCACCUCCUAGCAGCUUCACCCGCAUGUCUAAGACAUCUGCAGAUAGCCAAACCACGUAUACAUCUUUUUAAACAGUCAUUUUUGUUUUUUUAUUUGAAGCGAACUGGGAGGGAAGAGUCCAUCACUGGCCACAACACCGCUGUCUAAGUGGGAAGUUUUGCUCCGGAGAUGUCUGGGUCGUUCUGCAAAACUUUUUACCCGUUCAGCGGGGAGCAGCACCAGCAGGGACUGAGCUUCGAGGCCGGGGAGAUUAUUAAGGUGGUCCAGGCUCUGCCCGGAGGAUGGUGGGAGGGGGAGAAGGAUGGAGCCAGGGGAUGGUUCCCCUCUAGUUAUGUGCAGGUUCUGGAGAAGACAUCGUCUCUGAGUCAGCUCCCUGUCGAGGACAUCAGAGAGCCUCUGCCUCCUCACUGGAGAUGCUACAUGUCUCCACAAGGGAAAAAAUACUAUGUCAACACAGCAAACAAUGAGACCACAUGGGAGAGGCCAUCCAGCGUCCCAGGGACCCCCAAGAGCUCCGUCCGACACAAGAACUCUCUGCCAGCAGUGAAUGGAUUCCAUUCAGGUGGUAGCCCCUUGCACCAUGGUGACCAUUCACACAACAGUCUGGUUAGGAGGAGCAGUACAGAGCCCCAGAGCCCGGGAUCAACGUCACCGAUCAAGAAACAGAACAAGGAGAGCACAGUUACAAUCAACUGUGUGACGUUCCCAUCUCCGGUCUUUAUGGCCGAACAGCAGCUGCUGAAACCAGACGAGUGGAGUUACUGUGACUACUUCUGGGCUGACAGGAAGGAUCCCCAGGGCAACGGUUGCAUCACUGGAUUUGAGGUCGUAUUGCAGAAACAGCUGAAGGGUAAACAGAUGCAGAAAGAGAUGGCCGAGUUCAUACGAGAAAGAAUAAAGAUAGAAGAAGAAUACGCCAAGAAUUUGUCGAAGCUCUCGCAGAUCCCUCUUGCAAGCCAGGAAGAAGGAACUUUAGGGGAGGCAUGGGCCCAGCUCAAAAAGAGCCUGGCAGACGAAGCCGAGGUUCAUCUAAAGUUCUCUUCAAAGCUCCAAUGUGAAGUGGAGAAACCUUUCCUGACAUUCAGAGAGAACUUUAAGAAGGACAUGAAGAGAUUCGACCACCACAUCGCCGACCUCCGGAAGCAGCUCGUUGGGCGUUACGCAGCUGUAGAGAAGGCCCAGAAAGCUCUGGUUGACAGACAGAAGGAGCUGGAGUUAAAGACCCAGCAGCUAGAGAGCAAGCUCAGCAACAAGACUGAGGAGGAGAUCAAAAAGGCUCGCAGGAAAUCCACACAAGCAGGAGAUGAUCUGAUGCGCUGCGUUGACCUGUAUAACCAGACUCAGUCUAAAUGGUUUGAGGAGAUGGUCACCACCAGCCUGGAGCUGGAAAGACUGGAGGUGGAACGGGUGGAGAUGAUCAGGCAGCAUCUCUGUCAGUACACAACUCUUCGCCACGAGACGGACAUGUUCAACCAAAGUACCAUGGAGCCGGUGGACAAGCUCCUACAGUGUGUGGACCCCAUCAAAGACAGAGAGGUGUGGGUGCGGGGGAAUAAGACAGGGGUAAUCAGGCCUGUCGACAUAGAGAUCUGAACUGGCUGAGUGAUGAGCUCACACCAGGGCAGGAUACCCAGGAGUUCCAUACCGGAGGACAUAACUGGGAGAUUAGCUCUGUGAUGGGAUCUUUACCCUCUUUCUCCCACUGAACCUUGCGUGAGAGUUAACAGACUGAGGAAGAGCUCGCUGGAUCUUUACCUGCCAGCAGAUCCCUAACAAAGAUGAUGUCUGUAUUUGGGGGGAAAAUUCAAAACAACAUUGAGGCAUGAAGAUGACAGCAGAGUUUUGUUUAAGUACACUGAUUCUUUGAAUGGGAAAAUGGUAACUGUGAGUGGAAAUCGUUUCCUAAAGGAUACUCAGGUGAAGUGAAUGAUGAAGUAGCACCAACUUGUAAAUUUUUAAAUGUAAAAGCUUUACGUCAUUCAGCAGUGUAUGGCUAAUUCAUGAGAACUGCCACGAUUUAACAGAUGCUGCUAAAACUAAAUGCAGUUAAGCUAAGAGUGUUGUCAUAAUGCUGUGUAACAGUUAGGUUAUAAUACAGUAAUGCUAACAUCUAUGUGGAGCUCGGUGGAGCCGCAACCUUUAGCUACUGUUGCUACAAUGUUCUGUUAAGGCUCAUAGCUUGUUCAAUUUAGUCAAAAUGCAGCAGUGAGAAUUCAGCUUGAUUUAACCUUAAAAUUUGAAAAAAAUUGUAAACUUGCCUCUUUUUACAAAGAAUUAUUCAUAAAUGGGCCGGAUAAAUAUAUUUCCGGGAGAAAAACUGUUUUGGUAAUCUUUAUAAAGAAGAGUUAGCUAACUUAAGCUAACACUAAAGCUUGGAUUUGCCAACUUCAUGUUUACAGUUUGUUUAUAUGAGAAGACAUUGAUAAAACUAAUAAAUUUCCUUAAAAUGA